GUAGAAUUUCAAACAGUAAACUACAGUUAGUUUAGUUUUAACCGUAGCUCUGAAACGUAGCUCAAACGUAGUCUCGUAACUCUUUCAAGAUGACAGACAACUGCAUCCAAUGUGACAGAAACGUGUUACUUAAUCUGGUGAUAGAAGUGUAAAUUUAUGAUCAACUGCUAAUGAAUGAUUAGCGUGUGACUUUUUUCUUAUCUUGCAAUAAAAACUUGUCAGAGUUUUUUAGAAUUCAGUAUUGUUAAUUCAAUUUUCUCCAAUGCCUGUCUGUACGCGUGAUCUGUCUUUUCAUCAAAUGUCUGUGAAAAUAAAGUGUAACAUCGACAUGAGAUAAUGUUGUAUAGAGGAUAAAUUGCAAUAUUGACAAAUAUUUUUGAGAUAAUAUUGGAAAGUGAAUAAAUUGUAUGUUUUUAUUGAGGACUGAUUAAUUGCUAUAUUGACAAAUUCUUUAUUGAUUCAUACAUCAUAAAAAUGAGCGAUAAAUAUUUGAGAUAAUAUUAGAAAGUGGAUAAAUUUAAUUGGAGUGUGGUGACAGUUUUAUUUCAGUUGAAGUGACGGAUGGUUAAUUAAAAUGUGUGAAAAUGGAAAGCAAAAUUCAGAUGAUAAAGGGAAUGAGAUGGUACUCCACGAUACCAAUGGACGAAUUGAUAGAGGAAUGGACCCUGAAAAGAACUCGGAAAAAGCAGUCAAAUAUCCGAGACACAUCUUCUUCAUCAUUGUAAAUGAGUUCUGCGAGAGAUUCUCGUAUUAUGGCAUGAAAACCGUUCUUCCAAUCUUCUUGAAAAAUAAACUGAGAUACUCGGAGAGUGAAUCGACAAUAAUCUAUCAUAGCUUUUCUAUGAUCAACUAUUUUUUCCCAAUUAUUGGAGCAAUUAUUGCUGAUUCGCUACUGGGACGUUAUAAGACAAUCUUCUACCUCUCCAUCGUCUAUGCUUUGGGUAACAUGACAUUGGCUGCAUCUUCAGCCAUUCUACUAUGGAACAUACCACACAGGACCACAGCCCUCCUGGGUCUCUUCCUGAUAGCCCUGGGCUCAGGAGGCAUCAAGCCAUGCGUAUCCUCGUUCGGUGGUGACCAAUUCAUGGUUCCCCAGCAAGAAAUGCAACUCCAGCAGUUCUUCUCCAUUUUCUACUUCUCCAUCAACGUGGGGAGUAUGUUUGGAACUCUCAUAUCACCCAUACUUCGCCAAGAUGUCCAUUGUUUGGGGGAGGAAUCCUGUUUCCCCCUGGCGUUCGCUCUACCUGCCUUUCUUAUGGUGGUUGCUAUAGUAAUUUUUGUCCUGGGAAAAAGAUUCUAUCUGAUAAGGAAGCCUGGAGGAAAUGUAUUAAUCAGGAUGUGUGGCUGUAUUGGGUAUGCACUAAAGAAGAGAGUGACAUGCGAUACAAGAGGCCAGAAAACAAAUCAUUGGUUGGAGUUGGCUAAUGACAAAUACGAUGCCAAAUUAAUCAAUGAAACCAGAAUUAUGUUGUCUCUCGCCCUCAUGCUUACUCCCUGUGUAUUUUUCUGGGCUCUAUUCGAACAAACAGGCUCCAGAUGGACUUUCCAAGCAUCUCGCAUGAACGGCGAAGUGAUGAACGGGAAUUUCGAGAUAAAACCCGACCAGCUGCACAUAAUUAACCCAAUUCUGGUACUGUGCAUCAUACCAUUUUUCCAAAAAGUCCUCUACCCCUGUCUGGAUAGACUUCAUCUACUCAGGACCCAGCUCCAGAAAAUGGUGCUGGGAGGGAUUCUGACGGCCGUCGCUUUUUUUAUGUCCGGCAUUUUGGAGAUGUAUUUGCAGCCAACUUAUGCAGUAUUACCAGGACCUGGUGAAGCCCAGCUGCGAAUCUUCAACUCAUUUGACUGCAAAGUGCAUUUGCAUGGUGGCAAAGAAUUCAACUCCAGUGUAAUACUAGAGCCACAUGCCAUGAUUGAAAUGAAAUUAGCUGAUAUAUCAUUGGAAAAAGUCAUUAAUGUAAAUGCGAAAAUGCUGAGAGAAGAAUGUCCAAAUUUGGAUUCGAGUUUGGAAUGGGAAGGGGUGUUCAAAGUGACUGAGAAGAAGGCCACCUCAUAUUUAAUCCAUGGAAACUCGAGAGAUUUGAAUGUUACAAGUACUGGAUAUGAUAAUCUUGCUAAAUCGGAUAAUGGGAAUCCAAGGAUCAGAAUAUUCUACAGUACAACAGAAAACAGUAUUUUGACGAUACGAGGUCUUGAGAAGAAGAAUAAAGAAGUGAAGCGAGAUUUUAAGUUAAAUAGCGCAAAUGUGACUGGAGAAGAGCUUGAGCUACAAAGUGGCAGGUAUGAAUUAUCCUACAAUAAAAUUUCAACUAAAAUUGUUCUGGAGUUUGGAGGUGUCUAUAGGAUAAUGAUUCCAAACAAUAUCGCUUCGGAAAAGAACAAGAACAGCAUACAAUUGUUCACCAUAACUCCACCGAGCAGCAUCAGUAUGCUAUGGAUGGUACCUCAGUUUUUUGUCAUUACUGUAGCCGAGGUUCUCUUCUCAGUAACAGCCCUUGAGUUCUCAUUCAUGCAGGCACCAACUAGUAUGAAAUCUGUAGCAUCCUCACUGAAUUUACUAUCCACAUCACUGGGAAAUUUUGUGGUGGUAUUUAUUGAGAAGGCUGUUCAUACAAACAACCAGGUGCACAAUUUCUUCAUCUACGGAGGCCUGAUGAUAUUUGUAAUGGUUAUCUUCACAAUCCUUGCCAUGAACUAUAAAUAUGUCGACCAUUCCUCAAAAGAUUCCGAUGAUGAACCGAAUUACCAAGAUAAUCCUGCUUUUGAUAUGGGGGACCGUGAGACUGUUAUCAAUAAUAAGAACUCUGGAAUGUGAUACUUUAUCUCUUUUCUGUAUAGGGCUACUUGCAAUAUAAAUAGAAAGAAAAAUAAAAAUCUCAGUACCCUUUAUUUUGAAUUAUUUUUAUUGUUAUUCAAAAAGGGCACUGAGAUUUUUAUUUUUCUUCCUAUUCAUAAUACUUAUUUGUGAUAAUAUUUUUCAUACUUAAUCUCUGAGACCUCUUCAAUAAUUUGUAUAAUUAUACGUUAUAUUUACUAUAAGAAUUCUUAUGAGAGUCUUUAUUGAUUCAUACAAUAAGUACAUAAUUAAAAUGAUAGGGAGAGAAAAAAGGUCACCUUUUGCUAUUCCUCUCCCAAAUUUGGAUAAGAUACACAUGGUCCGAAAUAGGUUUAAGUCUUGUAGUUGUUCACUUCACAGGAUUUUCAGUCCUUAAUUAUUUUCACAAAGUAGAUUUUUAAAUUAAAAUGCUCCAAACCCAAACAUAAAAGAAAUAUUUCACAUUAUUAUCACUGGAAUAGGAAAUAUUCACAUAUCAAAGAAAUACAAAAAAUGGACAAUAAUAACAUAAAAAUUUUGAAGGACAAAAAAACAAACAAGUCUGAUCCAAUACCGUAUUCAAUAAGGAUUCUCAUGAGAAUGAAGCCUGACCGUAUAUGGAAGGUCCUUAUAGUGGUAAUGGUGUAUUUUAUCAUCGAUUUUAAUGAACACUGAGACAAAUAAAGAAAUAUUAUGAGAUCAUAUCUUCUAAAGUAUUGAAAAAGUGUUUGAAAAAAUGAACAAAUUGGGAAUAAUUUUUGGUGAACAACACAUUUAAAAAAACAUUCUAUUAUAUUGAAGCGCUCCCAGCAAAAGUGAUCUAUGAAGAGUACUUUGAAGAUUGAAUUUUAUAAAGUUUCAUUAUUGUACU